AUGGACGGAUCGCGGGGUACAGCCCCUGGGGGCGAUGACCUUCGUGGCGACCGUCGCGACUCUUAUCAAGGGGAGGAUAGGGAGGACAGCCACCUGCUGGGCGCCCUCGAGGAUGGUAAUCAUCAGCAGAGCCAGGGCCAUGGAGGAGGCUCUGGAUUCUAUCAUCACAACGUCAACAGCAGUAGCGCAAGUGUUCUUGAGGGAGUUGAAAUGGCACAUGAUGAGCUAUUUGCUGGCCCCGUGGCAGAAUCCGUCCCGACAAGUGUUUCUGCAUUUAGUCAUCGACAUGGACGCGCUGAGUCUGUGGCCAGCUUUUCUUUCUACCACGAGCAAGACGAUCAACGCGAAGAACUUGAAGCUCCCCCCGGCUCGCUUGGGGCUCGCCUAUCAAUAGACGAUCUCGACGAACUACCAUUCGAGGAAGAAGGGCUUUCAGAAAGUGAAAUGCCAGAACAGCUCGACACCUUCGGCAUCGACCUCGAAUGGGGUUCCAUGAACAACGGAUAUCCUCUCAUUCGCAGGUCCUCGACUCACUCCCAGUUUUCGGCUCACCACCGACUGCUAAGGAGGGAGAGCGGCGUAUCUGCUGCUAGUGGCUAUACCGGGGGAAGAUCUUCUCAAAAGAUGCGCCUGGAUAACGACGACCUCACAAUCGCCAUUUCGGGCUUCAUCACCAACCGCAUCGGAUUUGCCAUCUACAUCGUUUUGUGUGUUCUCACUGGAGGCAUUGCUUGGCUUUUCCUGCGUUGGUAUCCUAAAUACUACGUUAAACUGGUCGGUUGCGCGACACCCUUCCGCGAUUGUCAGUGGGUAGUUAUCGAGGACCAUUUCAACAAAAUGACCAUCCUGUCCAUUAGGGUGAAGCCUUACAAUAGGCCUCUGUCCACUGUCUUCGGCACUCCUUCAAGGGCUACUUCCUGGCCUCUGGCUCAGGACCCAGAUCCGGUGCUGCGGGAGCUUCGUAGUAUCACCUAUUGCUACUACAAGUUCUACUACCAUCCAGUUCUCGACAAAUUCUUCUGCUGCAAUGGAUGGAAAGAUCCGCAGUGGAACAGUAUGCAAAACGCUCGGUCCGGGCUUCAUGGUGAUGAGAAAGCACACCGUGAGGCUGUUUUUGGGCCGAACUCAAUCGAUGUUGAUGAACAGUCAAUACUUCAACUCCUUGUCAGUGAGAUCCUUACGCCUUUUUAUGCCUUCCAAGUCUUCAGCCUCAUCCUAUGGCUUUGUGAUGAGUACUAUUAUUAUGCCGCUGCCAUACUCCUGAUUUCGGCAGGCAGUAUCAUCACAAGUCUCCUGGAGACCAAGGAGACAAGGAGGCGUCUUCGUGAGAUGUCUCGUUUCGAAUGCGAAGUGAGGGUUUUCAGGGGUGGAUUCUGGCGGACUUUCCCAUCUAGCGAUCUGGUCCCUGGAGAUGUGUAUGAAGUCAGCGACCCAAGCCUGACACAGAUUCCAGCAGACAGUCUCCUUCUGACGGGCGACUGUAUUGUCAACGAGAGCAUGUUGACGGGAGAAUCUGUGGCGGUGUCCAAAACCCCGGCGACGAACGAGACACUAGCAAAGCUGAAUCCUGCUGCUUCGACAUUCUCACACGAUGUCGACAAACACUUCCUGUAUUGUGGGACGAAGCUUAUCCGUGCUAGGCAGCGCCUAGCGGAUACCGACGAAGCGGCAGCGGUUGCGCUCGUUGUUCGGACUGGCUUCAACACGACCAGAGGCGCCCUUGUCCGAUCCAUGCUGGUUCCGAAGCCAUCGAAGUUCAAGUUUUAUGAGGAUUCAUUCAGGUACCUCAAAGUCAUGGGUUGCCUGGCAGGGUUGGCAUUCAUUGUGUCCCUGGUCAACUUCAUUCGGCUCAAGCUCCACUGGACUCUGAUCCUGCUCCGUGCGUUGGACCUUCUUACUAUUGUGGUCCCGCCGGCUCUGCCCGCAACUCUGACCAUCGGCACCAGCUUCGCCGUUCAGAGACUUAAGGGCAAGAAAAUCUUUUGCACCAGUCCUCAGAGGGUCAAUGUCGGUGGCAAGAUUGACCUAAUGUGUUUCGACAAGACUGGAACCCUGACGGAAGAGGGUCUUGACGUUCUUGGUAUCCGUGUUGCCUCGCGAGUCAGCAAUCGCUUCACGGAGCUUCUCACGAAUGUCGACGAUCUCACCUGGAGCUGUGAUUCGGUUUCCAAUGGUGAUGAAGUCAAGCCGGCGGAUCAUGUCGACGGCAGCAGCCUCAAGAAAGACAAGACAAAGCCACUCGAUCCAUACCGAGCUGCUCUAUAUGUGAUGGCAAGUUGCCAUUCCCUUCGUAUCGUGGAUGGAGUGGCCGUCGGGGAUCCCCUGGAGGUCAAAAUGUUUGAGUUUACAGGCUGGUCUUACGAGGAAGGAUUCAUAGCAGGGGAGGUCAUCAGCACGGAGGGUCGAGGGGAUAUUUCGCCUUCGAUUGCCAGGCCUCCUCGGUAUAUGACUUCCCAAGAGAUGAGCAUCGGAGAGGCACCUCCAGCGGUCGGUGUUCUUCGGGCGUUCGACUUUAACCCCCUGCUUCGUCGAUCGAGUGUCAUUGCAAGAGUCGUUGGCAACAGCGGUGGAUAUGCCCUUGUCAAAGGAUCGCCCGAAUGCAUGCCUGAGAUCUGCAGGCCGGAAACAUUGCCCUCCGACUUCGACGAGCUCUUGUCAUACUAUACCCAUGCUGGAUACCGCGUGAUUGCAUGCGCUACCAAACGUAUUCCCAAGCUCAACUUGGUCUCGGUCAAUAGAAUGACAAGAGACGAGGUUGAGUCAGGACUCGACUUCGUCGGCUUCAUUAUCUUCGAAAACAAGCUGAAGCCAACAACAACUUCAGUUAUUAAGGAGCUGCUGUCUUCCAACAUUGGAACGGUGAUGAUCACUGGCGACAACAUACGGACUGCCGUCAGUGUGGCUCGCCAAUGUGGAAUCAUCGAAGAACAUGCUCAUUGUUACAUGCCGCGCUUUAUCGAAGGCAAUGCCGACGACUGCAACGCGAAGCUUCGAUGGGAGAGCAUCAACAACCCAGCCUUGGAGCUGGAUCCUUGGACUCUGCUUCCUAUGCCGGUCCCACCACAAACGGAUGCUUCUCUCCCUUAUGACGUGUCCAACAUACGCAACUACGCUAUCGCUGUCACUGGCGACGUCUUCCGCUGGAUUGUCGAUCAUGCCCCUACUGAUGUGCUCCAUCGCAUGCUGGUAUUGGGCAAGGUUUACGCACGCAUGUCACCGGACGAGAAGCAAGAGCUGGUUAAGAAGUUCCAGAGCAUCGACUACUCGUGCGGUUUCUGCGGCGACGGGGCGAAUGACUGCGCUGCGCUUAAAGCGGCCGAUGUCGGCAUCUCGCUCUCCGAAGCCGAGGCCUCGGUCGCAGCCCCCUUCACGUCUCAGAUUUUCGACAUCCGCUGCGUGCCCGAAGUCAUCCGCGAGGGUCGCGCUUCGCUGGUCACUAGUUUCUCCUGUUUCAAGUACAUGAGCCUGUACUCGUUCAUCCAGUUCACCUCGGUGAGCUUCUUGUACGUGUCGGCUUCCAACCUGGGAGACUUUCAGUUCCUCUACAUCGACCUGAUGCUGAUCCUGCCCAUUGCCGUCUUCAUGAGCUGGGCCGGUCCACACUCGAAGCUAUGUGCAAAGCGGCCCGUCUCCGACCUUGUCUCGCGCAAGGUUCUGGUGCCGCUGCUUAGUCACGUCUUCGUCUGUGUUAUGAUCCAGGCCCUGGCUUGGGUCGCGGUGCGGCAGCAGCCGUGGUAUAUCCCGCCGAUCGUCGACACGGAGAAGUCAAACAUCGAGAAUUCGGAGAACACUACGCUGUUCUUCGCGUCUUGCUUCGAGUACAUCCUCUCGGGCGUCGUGCUCAAUGCUGGACGACCAUUCCGACAGUCGCCGCUGGAAACCUGGCCAUUCCUAUCUGCCGUUGCCGUCACCCUCAUCGCCACGCUGCUGAUGCUGCUCGUCCCUCCUUACUGGCUCUUCGAGUUCAUGCAGCUCACCUGGAUGAGUUGGACCUUCAAGAUCACGCUGAUUGCUUUCGGGUUCGUCUAUUUCUUGAUUGCCUGGACAGGCGAGCAUUAUCUGUUCUUGUGGCUGGCACGUUUCCUGGGCCGUAUGCGGCAGCGACUGUUCAAACAACCAAAGCAAAGAAAGCUGUACAAGAUUGUGAAGGAGAAAUUAGUUUUCUGA